CUCUGCAGUUCACCCAACACUAGGAGGUGGCUGAAAUAAUCGCUGUCCUUGGAGGACCGCUUUUAAGAACAAGGUCUCCACCCACUGCAGCCUAAGCAGAUUCCCAUCCAUCAUGACCGCCAUCCGACUCCGAGAAUUUAUUGAGCGCCGCCCAGUGAUCCCACCCAGUAUAUUCAUUGCUCACCAAGGAAGAGACCUACAAGGCUAUUAUCCUGGGCAGCUGGCAAGACUUCAUUUGGAUUAUGGUGCAAAGAGAGCUCCUAGACCACUCAUAGACUUGACGAUUCCACCCAAGAGAAAAAGUCAGUACCAGCCUCAAUUAGACCAACAGACGCUCAUUCAGUGUAUUUGUUUCCGAAGAUAUUUAAAACCUGCUGAACCAUGGUAUAAAGAAACCACUUACCAAAGAGACUAUUCUCUGCCAUUUUACAAGAUUGGUUGGAACCAGAAAUUAGCCACAGUUUCAUCGAAUCCUCGACCACUUAAUUCACUGCCAGAGCUAUACUGUGAUGAAAGAGAGAAUCGGCUUUGAAGGAAAUGCUUUUAAACUAAAAUAACCAUGGCAUUCAAACAAAA